AAAGUUCUGACAACGUCAGUGAAGCGGGCGGGCUGUGAGGGUAUAGUUUUGAUGGCAGCCAGCAACAGAUCAAAAAGCUAGGUUUUUCGUUGACGCCUGCAUGAUAGGGUCAAGCAUUCGGGCGAUGUCACUGAUGGAAUAUGGGCUUAUAAGCUGGCCCACGUCUGCCCACCUCACAAUCUACAAUCCGGUCCCUCUACUUAGACAUGUCUAUCAGCACAUCAGAAGGAAUCACUCUAUUGGAAGAAGCAAACUUGGCAACCUACACUUUUUCAGCUGGUGCAGCACUCAUAUUCUUUGAUCAUGGCAUAACAUUCAGCCAGGAGGUCCAGCUGUUCUGGGGCGAGCGUACAUUCUCUGCAUGCUUAUUCUUUGCCAAUCGGAUGGUUGCACUGGUCUAUGCUGUUUGGUCCAUUAUGAACUUUUAUGCAGUAACGGUACAAUGUUUGAUACCACCUCGAUUACAUAUUCGCGGACUUAUCAAUAUUCUAGAGUUGUAUGGCAAACAUCGUGGUGAUCAAUGUGGUUCUCAUACUUAUAGGACUAAUCUCAAACGUGGUUACAAUAUUACGAGUAUACGCCGUGACAGGUGGCGACCGACGAUCUGCUAUGCUCCUUGCGUUGAUAGCGGUCUUUAACGUGGUCUCCAGUGUCUACGCUGAAUUCAUCCACUCAUUAUAUUCUGUGGUCGUAUUGGCCGGGACAGCUGUAUGUGUCCAGUCCUUCACUUCAGGUUCAGCGCAAGA